GUAACUUUCCCCCGGGGCUGUGGCCGCCGCGGGGCGGGCGGAGGCUGUGCAUGCGAGUCUUUGUGCGGCCUGCCCAGUGGACCCCCCCAGCCAAGCCGGCCUGUCCCACUCGGGACAUGAGCGCCUGAAGUUGGCCCCACCUCGGUCCUCCCUCUUGCCGAGGCUCCUCUGGCCUUCCAGACGCUCCCCACAUCUCCCCUGGUCCCCUCAGUUCUCCCAGGUUGUUCCUCAAAGUCAUUCAAGCUGUACUCACCGAAGGAGCCCCCGAACGGCAACGCCUUCCCUCCCUUUCAUCCCGGCACCAUGCUGGAUCGGGAUGUGGGCCCAACUCCCAUGUACCCGCCUACAUACCUGGAGCCUGGGAUUGGGAGGCAUACACCGUAUGGCAACCAAACUGACUACAGAAUAUUUGAGCUUAACAAACGGCUUCAGAACUGGACAGAAGAGUGCGACAAUCUCUGGUGGGAUGCUUUCACGACUGAAUUCUUUGAGGAUGAUGCCAUGUUGACCAUCACGUUCUGCCUGGAGGAUGGACCAAAGAGAUACACCAUUGGCCGGACCCUGAUUCCACGAUACUUUCGCAGCAUUUUUGAGGGGGGUGCAACGGAGCUGUAUUAUGUACUUAAGCAUCCCAAGGAGGCAUUCCACAGCAACUUUGUGUCCCUCGACUGUGACCAGGGCAGCAUGGUGACCCAGCAUGGCAAACCCAUGUUCACCCAGGUGUGUGUGGAGGGCCGGUUGUACCUGGAGUUCAUGUUUGAUGACAUGAUGCGGAUAAAGACGUGGCACUUCAGCAUCCGGCAACACCGAGAGCUCAUCCCCCGGAGCAUCCUUGCCAUGCAUGCCCAGGACCCCCAGAUGCUGGAUCAGCUCUCUAAAAACAUCACCCGGUGUGGGCUAUCUAAUUCCACUCUCAACUACCUCCGACUCUGUGUGAUACUUGAGCCCAUGCAAGAGCUCAUGUCCCGCCACAAGACCUACAGCCUCAGCCCCCGAGACUGCCUCAAGACCUGCCUGUUCCAGAAGUGGCAGCGCAUGGUAGCACCUCCUGCCGAGCCUGCGCGGCAGCAGCCCAGCAAACGACGGAAACGGAAGAUGUCAGGGGGCAGCACCAUGAGCUCUGGGGGUGGCAACACAAACAACAGCAACAGCAAGAAGAAGAGCCCAGCCAGCACCUUCGCGCUCUCCAGCCAGGUACCUGAUGUGAUGGUGGUGGGGGAGCCCACCCUGAUGGGCGGGGAGUUCGGGGACGAGGACGAGAGGCUCAUCACCCGGCUGGAGAACACCCAGUUCGACGCGGCCAACGGCAUUGACGACGAGGACAGCUUUAACAACUCCCCUGCACUGGGCGCCAAUAGCCCCUGGAACAGCAAGCCUCCCUCCAGCCAAGAAAGCAAAUCAGAGAACCCCACGUCACAGGCAUCCCAGUAAAGGCCCUGCCAUGGACACCCAGCGUUCUGCCUGCCUGCCCCACCCCUCACAGUUCCUGGGAGCAGAAGACAGAUUUAAGAGACUGAGCAUCUAAAAUGGGCAGCCUCCGUCCACCCACUUCAGGGACGAACUGGACUCGGCUGGGGGCAGGUGCCAAGAUUUGUCCCCCAGUAGCCCUGGACUGGGCCUGGCCCCUGCAGAGCCUUUUGUGGGAAGGGGGUACUCAUGUGGAUGCCUGUGUGGACCCUGGGCUCCUGAGACAUGUCCUGACUGCCCUCCCCCAGGGCAGUUGCCCCCAUCCUCACCCUAGGUUCUGGGCUCCCCAACCUCCUGAUUUACCCAUUCAAGCCUGGCAUCAGUACCCGUAGCCCUUAGAGUUAUGGGGCUUGGUUGAAUGUCCCUCCCCUAGGCGGCUGGUAAUAGAGGGGUGAAAUUCUGGGCUCCUCUCCCUUCUGCCACUUACCCAGCUCCCAAGUUGUUUUUUUUUUUUUAAAUAAUAUUAUUAAAAAUGUAAGUUUUAAAAAAAAUCACUCAUGUCCCCCUCUUCCCCUGUGAUGAAAGUCCAGCUACCUUCCUCCUGGUAGGUGGAGGGCCUCUGGGGCCCAGGUGCGCUGAGGUGGGGGCAGGGAAGUGUGCAUAGCAUUUUAUACUGUUGGAGAAGCUUAAGACCAAGGAGACAAUUUCCAUCUUCCCUUUUCCUCUGGGGUGAUUGGAAUUGGGGGCCUCGUGCUAUGGGGUGUGGGGUGUCAUUGAUGGCGAUGGUCACAUCUUUGUGACUGCACCCUGGUGUUGUCUGUCUCCCCAGUCUCCAGGACCCUGGCCUGCCCUGCUAGUGCUUGUGAGUCCCUCCGUCCCCAUCCCUGUGGUGUGUGUAUUCUUUACAGCCCUCCACUAGAACAGCUCUUGUGGGUGGGGGAGGGAGCAUGGACGAAAGGGGGCAGCCUUGAUGGUAACUUUUGUUUUGCCUCAGUUGGGCAGGAGUGGCAUGGGAGAGGGGUUCACCCACUCCCCUCCAAAACCCUCCUUCCUCCAAUUCUGAACCGCCUAUCCAGUCUUAGCCUCUCCUCCACUGAGGGGAAGGAGCCAAUGAAGACAUCCCAGCUCUAAACCUACCAAGGAGUAAAGGGCUUCUGUGCCCCGCCCCCAGUAGAGAUGGAGACUUUCCUCACCCCUGUCCUUUCCCUCACAAAAGGGAGAAAGUGCAGCCACAAUCCUCCUCGGCUGUGUGUCACAGAUGGAGCACCCAGAGGCACAGGGCCAGGGGAGGCCAACAGCAGGGUCCCGUGAGGCUGGGCCCAAGCCUGGCUUGACUGCCCUUUCCUGUGGCCAGCCACCCAGUCCCAGGAUGUGUUGGUACCACCUCCUCACACUUUCCUAUGGAUUAUGGGGUCCCCGUGUCCUGUUUCCUCCAUUCCAGCCACACUUUUGGGAGGGUACUGUCAGGAGCCAAUGGAAGGGGUGAGGAAGGUAGAUGUCCCACCUCAACUGAUAAUGCUUUUUUUUUUUUUUUUUUUUUUUGGGCCAUUUGAGUCAUGUAUGGUACCAAUUAAUAAAGAGACUUUUUGGGUUGAGAGUGUCCUAACUGGUCAUUGAUACCUAA